AUGGGAAAAACGCAAAUAUGGGAAAAACGCAAAUAUGGGAAAAACGCAUAUAUGGGAAAAACGCAUAUAUGGGAAAAACGCAUAUAUGGGAAAAGCGCACAUAUGGGAAAAGCGCACAUAUGGGAAAAGCGCACAUAUGGGAAAAGCGCACAUAUGGGAAAAGCGCACAUAUGGGAAAAGCGCACAUAUGGGAAAAGCGCACAUAUGGGAAAAGCGCACAUAUGGGAGAAGCGCACAUAUGGGAAAAGCGCACAUAUGGGAAAAGCGCACAUAUGGGAAAAGCGCACAUAUGGGAAAAGCGCACAUAUGGGAGAAACGCACAUAUGGGAAAAGCGCACAUAUGGGAAAAACGCACAUAUGGGAAAAACGCACAUAUGGGAAAAACGCACAUAUGGGAAAAACGCACAUAUGGGAAAAACGCAAAUAUGGGAAAAACGCAAAUAUGGGAAAAACGCAAAUAUGGGAAAAACGAAAAUAUGGGAAAAACGCAAAUAUGGGAAAAACGCAAAUAUGGGAAAAACGCAAAUAUGGGAAAAACGCAAAUAUGGGAAAAACGCAAAUAUGGGAAAAACGCAAAUAUGGGAAAAACGCAAAUAUGGGAAAAACGCAAAUAUGGGAAGAACGCAAAUAUGGGAAAAACGCAAACGUAGCGAAAGGGAAAUUUGUGGCACAAAUUGA